UCCAUAAUACCAAAGAACUUAGAAUUCACCUUCAUUCACCACAACAACAAAGAAGAAAAAAAAAUGAAUCCAUCAAAACUUUCAUCUUUGUUGUUCACCCUUUCCUUGAUCUUCAUUUCCCAAGCAUCAUGUGCAUUAUAUGAAGAUGUUUGCAAAGGCGCGAUGGAAGACAGCGCCCGAUGCCUCCAGGUUCUGAAAGCCGAGCCACGCAUUGCCUCAGCGAAAAACGAGAUGGAGCUAUGCAAACUCGUCCUGGAGUUCGCACUCAAAAAGGGAACUGAAGCUCAGAAAUACCUAAAGGAAAUGAUGAAAACAAACCCUGCAGCCGCAAUCAAAGAUUGCGCGACUACACAUUAUGAUGAGGUUGUUGAAUCAUUCAAAAGUUCGUUAGGUGAAUUGAAAGUUGAUCCUAUAACAGCUAACUAUGAUGCUAAAGUUGCUGGUGAUGGUGCCGUGACUUGUGACACUGCAUUGGCUAGAGAAAAGAUUAACAUUCCUGCCAUUUCUGCUCUUAAUAAAGAGAUUAAGUUGAUUAGUAAAAUUGCAUUUUUAGCAACGAAUAAGCUUCCUGAACCAUAAACUGUUGCUAUAUGUAUGCAUAUAUUUGUUAAAAGGCGAGGGGAUGGAAAUUAAUGAAAUAAUACCUAUGGUUUAAGUAA